UCGCAUUUCCUAAAUCACCUCCUUCUACAGACAGAUUGUUAAACAUGGCUUCCCUAUAAAGGCCAACCAUUUAGAGCUCCGAAAGUGCCUUGACUUGAAGAAUCAUAAAUGACAGUGUGUCGUAUUGUUCUUCACUCGAGGCAGAUUUUUCGCGAAAGAAAAGAAGGGUCUAUUCCAUUUGUUCGGGAGCUCAAUUUCGUGUCCUUAGCUCUAUCUGCCGAGGUUAAUAACAAUGGCAGUGGAAGAACAAAAGGAGGCAUUGUUGAAAAAGCAUUACUAUGAGAAUUGCCCCGGCUGUAAAGUCGAGAAGCUUAAGGAAUCGCAGGGGGGCUUGCCAAUCCGUGAACUUUUUUCGAUCUGGAUCGUCGUGCUUUGCAACGCACUGCCAAUAUCAUCUUUAUUCCCAUUCCUUUACUUCAUGAUUAGAGAUUUUCAUAUCGCUGAAAGAGAGGAAGACAUUGGGUAUUAUGCUGGUUAUGUAGGUUGUUCGCUCAUGCUCGGUAGAGCCUUCACAUCAGUCUUAUGGGGAGUUGUGGCGGAUCGCUACGGGCGAAAACCUGUCAUAAUUACGGGAACAAUAGCAGUGGUUAUAUUCAACACUCUCUUCGGCCUAAGUGUGAACUUUUGGAUGGCCAUUGCAAUGAGGUUCCUGCUUGGAAGUUUAAAUGGUUUAUAUGGACCGAUCAAGGCUUAUGCGACCGAAUUGUUCCGUGAGGAGUACCAAGCGCUAGGAGUAUCAACCGUUAGUACAGCGUGGGGGAUAGGAUUGAUUAUCGGGCCAGCUCUGGGAGGUUAUCUUGCCCAGCCUGCGGAAAAGUUCCCAUCGAUAUUUUCCAAAGAAUCAGUGUUCGGAAGAUUUCCCUACUUCUUGCCCUGUCUCACCAUCUCAUUUUUCGCAUUGGUUGUUUGUGUCGCGUCCUGCUGGCUUCCCGAAACAUUGCAUAUGCACCAUGCAAACAGCGAGCUUGAUGAGCCUCGUGAAGAUGUGGAGACCGCAUCCCUCGAGGCCGGUGUGAAAUGCAAGAUGCAAAAUGUCAAAGGGAAAGCUCCGAAAAAGUCUCUGCUUCGUAAUUGGCCCUUGAUGUCGGCCAUCAUUGCAUACUGCGUCUUCUCACUUCACGACAUGGCUUACUCAGAGAUCUUCUCACUAUGGGCCGUAAGCCCUAGGCAAUACGGAGGUUUAAGCUACACGACUGAAGAUGUUGGAACUGUUCUUUCCAUCUCAGGAGCGGGCCUCCUCAUCUUCCAAACGUGUUUAUACCCAUACAUGGACAGACUUCUUGGCCCCAUUUUGGUAGCUCGCAUUUGUGGGGCCUUAUCGUUACCCCUCUUGUCAAGCUACCCUUUUAUAGCCAUGCUAACCGGGCUAAGUCUCUCCAUAGUGUUGAAUUGCGCAUCAGUCGUGAAGAAUGUUCUAUCUCUUUCUGUCUUCACCGGCUUGUUCCUUCUGCAAAACAAAGCCGUGGAUCAAGAUCAGAGAGGAGCUGCUAAUGGAAUCGCGAUGACUGCCAUGUCUCUCUUCAAGGCAGCUGGUCCAGCCGGAGGAGGCACAUUAUUCUCUUGGGCACAGAAGCGUCAGGAUGCGGCCUUCCUCCCAGGAAAGAAGAUUUUUAUGUGAGGAGGAUGUGUAUGUGCACGCAUUCAUGAUCUACAAUGAUGAGAAAUAAGUCUAUGCCACUGUGAUGGACCGCGCUUCAGCUCUCAGCUGACUGAGGAACUUCAACGAUCCCGUAUCUUUGUGCAGGCAACCAGAUGAUCUUCUUCAUCUUGAAUGUGGUUGCGGCAAUCGGGGUGCUGAUGACGUUCAAGCCGUUCCUUGUCGAGCGCCACUACUAAACUCAGCAUAGCGCUGAAAACUAAGAGCAGAGCUUGCAAAGAUCAGCUGCCAUUCGAUUCCUUCACAAGCCGAGUCGGGCCUGAAGUAGAGUGGGCAGGUCCAUCGAUCUCAGGCUCGUAAACUAGUACUAUCAUAGACCUAAUCAUGUUAGGCCCUCCAGACCGGAAGCACAAUUUAAGUGGCUUAAGGACUUCUUUAGCCUGGUCAUUAUAUGAAUAGGACACUACAUAUUUUGCGUCAUCGGGUCGCCUAAAUACGAAAGUUUAGGUUCGACAUAUCAACACUGCCUUCUCAUU